UAAGGGUAAAUAUUAAUAACAGUUUCUUAAUUCUCUACUAAACUUGGAAGCCCAAGUUAGUUGUUGGCUAACUUUCCCUUGGAAUAGACGGAAGAACUCCUGAUAUCACUCUCAAUAAGGAGAGAUGCCCCAUCUGCACACUGAAGCCCCCCUGCCAGCAUUACGAGCAUGUAGAAGAAAUUAACUGGGAUCGGGAAUUCCCUAAAGUUAACUUCGAAGAGUUGACUCAGGCACCUCCGAUCCAAUCCUUUCUGAUGAAUCUAGGAAGAAAUAAGAACAUUUUCAAUGAGAAUAAGUUAAAACAUAAAAGAUCGACUUCAAAAUAAAAGAAAGAAGGAGACUAAUUCCUUUGGUUCAAGGCAUUCCUACAAUACCUCGCCCAACCAGCCCACUUUUGAGAACUCCUUCGCUAGCAAGAUCAGGGGCUGAACUGGAGCUGAUGAGUGGAAGAGCACUGAGACUCUUUCUAGACUGGAAUUCCACUCUCUAAAGCAAAGAAAGGAUAUAAAAGAUCUUCAAAAGCAGAAAGUAUUAAAUUUUAAAGCCUUGAGAAUGCAAAAGCAGGAACAAAAGUUAGCUCGACAGCGCCUCUUGGCUAAAGCUAAGCGUAAUAAAUGUCGUUCUGAAGUAAAGUCCCUCCAAAAACGCAACACAAAGCUGAAGAAGCAGUUAGCAGAAUGGGAGCAGCAAAAGGAGCAAAAAGAGCAGCAAUUGUUAGAGCAACUUCAGAAAGAAAAGGAGCGGAAGUAAUGCGCAAAGUAAAAGAGAGAAGCAGCAGAGAAAGUUCCAACUUGAGAAGAUCAAACAGUAUAAGAUUGAAGCCCAAAAGAGCCAGAGUCAAAUGGAUCAGAGACAGUUAGAAAAAGAUAGGUUUAUCCUAGAAAUUUGCAAAAAGAAGAACAGGCUUAAGCAGGAAAUUAAUAAGCUAAGACAAAGUCAACGGACAGGUGUCCCAAGAUAUGACUUAAAUACCAGUGAGCUACUCAGACCAGUACAAAUGUCCUCCUCUAGGGAUGAUAUCAUCCCAGAGGAGCCUAUAAGAUCUAGAGCUAAAUCCAAGUCCCCAAAAGUGAUUAGAAGAUAUUUUAAGAAGUAUGGGCAGAACCACAUUGAAGCCAUUGCACAUCUGAACACAACAGUGUCAGCAUUAGGGGUCUACAACAAUCCAUUACCCACCUUGAGAAGAGUUUAUAGGUAA